CUUUAUUUUUAUUUUUACUUUUCUUUCUUUUUUAAUCUUUUCUUUUGGAUUCCCGAUUCCCGACCCGAACAGCAAAACCUCAUCUUUACAGCCAAGCCGCUUAGUAUUCUUAUUUUUCUCUUCCAUCCAGCUGCACAGCGACAUCAGCAGAUACUCUAGAGUGUAUGGAUCCAAUUCAUUUCCAUCGUCUAUUCUGCCUUUCUCUAUAAAUUAAUAAACCUUGGCCAUGAAAUCUCAUUCUGGAUUAGAGCUUGAGACCUUUCUCAUCGGUAGUGUGGCGUCGUCGGAGUCUUAGCAGAUUAUUAUAUUUCUCCUUUUAUACCUAUUAACUUUCAUAAAAAGUGCGCUUGUAAUACAAGUAAACUGUAACAUACUUUUUUAAAAGCCUGGAUAAUUUUUGCGUAAACGGUGCUAAUAGUGUUUUAUGAACAUUGUUUUUUUUUUUUUAAAAGCUAUGAUCCCAAAAUAUUAAUAUCUGUGGAUGAAUUCGAAGUGACGUAUAAAAUAUGUUACAAUUUUAAUAAAUUAAAACAUCUUGAAGUGUUCAAACUAAUAAUUCAAAUUUAAAAAAAAAGAAAACAUUAAACUAACAAAUAAUCGUAUUCCCGGUCUUAAAAUGCAUAUUUUCAAUUGCUGUGCGGUCUUACUCUGGAUGUCAGCAAGCUAUGUUCCUUUGUUUGCAGAUUCCAGAAUCAAAAUAAUCACUGCCACUGAUAGUCUCAAGGAAACUAGACUCAAUAAUUUGUAUUCAGAGCAUGUGGAUAUCUCGUCAGAGCAUUUCUCUACUGCCAACUCAAAUACCUCUUCGUCAGAUGAUCUGCCAACAAAAGACACAGGAAACGAAUUAGCGAUGGUGCAGCGACAAAACCGUGCUUCGGCAGCCAGCUGCCCACGAUCUUGUCCGCCAACAACCACCAUUCAAGCAGAACCUGUUUGUGGCUCAGACGGUCUGAUCUACGCCAACAUCUGCGAAAUGAAAAAGAAAACAUGCUCUAGAAAUGGAGCGAAUGGAGUGCUGAAGGAGGUCAAGGAAGGCUGUGAACGUGCAAAGGGCUCCGAUUGCAAACAUAGAUGCCCAUCUGAAAAGGACCCUAUAUGUGGCACAGAUGGAAGAACGUAUCUGAAUAGGUGUAUGUUAAGAGUUCAAGCAUGUCGAGUUGGGAUAGCUGCUGUGUCUAUUGCACAUGUGGGCCCUUGCAGCAACACAAGUGCUGUUCGUGAAUCGUGUCCAGUUGAUUGCAAGAGUGCUCCAAAGGAUGGCCCAGUUUGUGCUUCUGAUGGAAAUGUGUACAAUUCGACUUGUGAAAUGAAACUUCACACCUGCGGCCAAGGUGUGGUAAAAACGUCUCGCAAACACUGCCAGUCAACUAGAAUGUGCCGUGAAUCGUGUUGGCGUGUAGCCAGGCCAACCUGUGGUUCGGAUGGUCGUCUUUAUGCUAGCCCUUGCAAAAUGCGGUCAUCAAACUGUGGCAAACACAUUUUCGAAGUGCCGCUUUCAUUUUGUAUGUCACAGGAACGUAAUGGUAAUCAAAUAGACAACUGUCCCACCGAGUGUCCAAAAACUGAGUCACCUUCUCAAUAUGUGUGUGGAAGUGAUGGAAGUAUAUAUUCCUCACUUUGUGAACUCAAGAUGUUAAAUUGUGGACCCCAAAGGAAGGCAAUCCAAAAAAUUAGCAUGGACAAAUGUAAAAACCGUUUCAAUCGCUGCAAACAACUACCACCCUGCAAAGAUUUUAACAAUUUGUAUGGAUCGAUUUUCUCUUCCAAACAAAACGACAAACUUUGUGGAACUGAUGCUAAGACUUAUAAUAACGAAUGUGAACUUGCACAUGCAACUUGUCUACGUGGUGUUCAAUUGGCUCACAUCGGUCAAUGUACUGAUUUGAAAACAUCUUCUAAGGACUGCGGCGAGCGUUGCACUUACGAAGACGUUGAAAGCGGUCCCAUUUGCGGCUCAGAUGGCAAUACGUUCCCGUCGAUGUGUGAAUUCAAACGAAGAACCUGUCAUUUACGCGUGGUACCGGUUUCCCUUAAGAACUGCCCUCUUACCGAGCAUUGCGAUUCAGACUGCGAUGCUCAACCCCCCAACUUUGUGUGUGGAUCCGACAACAAAUUCUACAAAUCAGAGUGCCAUAUGCGCAAGGAAAAUUGUGGCAAACAUGUUUUCGUUGUGCCAAUAAAACGUUGUCUCUCAUCAUUCCAGUUCAAAGGAUGUGCCAAAAUAUGUCCCAAGGAGUUCGAACCUGUUUGUGGUACUGAUGGUAUGACCUAUUCAAAUGAAUGUUUUCUAAGUAUAGAAAACUGUCGACAAACAGCAGCUCCUGUUAAAAUUAAGCACUUUGGAGCUUGCGGAAGACCAGAAGCUCCUUCGACCAAUUAUCUUUAUUAAAAUUUCUACCAAGUAAGUAUGUAAGUUAAAUAAAAAUGAUUAGUGUAAAUAAAUAUAGUUAUUUCGACUGGAAAACAAUUCAAAUAUCUGUGGUUCGUUUUAUUUUUGUAACGUAGCGACGCACGGUUAUAUUUUAUUUGUGAAAUAUCAAAUAAUAUUUAUAAUACUAUUAAUAAAUGG